AAAACAUUUUAUCGUUUAUUAUAUAUAUAUUUAUAUAUACAUAAAUAUAUAUAUAUAUAUAUAAUGUAUGUAUAUAUUUAUAUAUAUAUAUAUACAAAAAAUAAGAAAAGUAUAUAAUACAAUAUUUCAUGAUAACACAAUGCACGUGUUGGCAUAAGUAUUUUGAUAAAUAAUGUGAAUUCAAGAUGGUGGAUCUUGGAUGAUGAUGGAGACGUAAAAAGUGGGCGAGAAAAAAAGAAACAACAAAAAAAAGUAAGAAAAAAAAGUAAAAAAGAAAAGAAAUCAAAAAAAAAAAUUUAACCAAGAUGCGUUCUUGAGAAAAGUGAUCUUCGUCUAUUCUUCUCUCUCUCUCUCUCCCUCUCUCUCUUUUUUUUUUCUUUUUAUUUAUUCCCUCCCUCUCUCCUGCGGAAUAACCUGUCGUUCCAAUCCGAUUAAAGAAAAAUUGAAAGAAAUAUUAAUACCGAAAAGCAAAAAAAGAAAGAAUAAAGUUUUGUUUAAAUCGACAAAUUGCACAGUAGGUCGCUGAGGUAUAGAAGGAAUGGUAUGAGAUGUUGGGAAUAAGAGUUUUGAGAACCACUGCAUCAUGCGGAAACGUAUUAGAGUGGGGAUGGAAUUGGUUGGUUGAGGAAAGAGGUGGAAUGAUUUAGAGAAGGGGUGUGAAGGGGGUGGUAGUGAUGGUUUCCUUUUGGCGUGCCGUUGCUGUUGCUGUAGCCGCCGCCGUCGCCGCUGCUGCUGCUGCUGCUGCUGCCGUUGGUUGCUGGUUGCUGGUGCUGCUCCGAUGUUGAACUUCAGUAUGUCUUGGCAAUUUAGAUAGAAGAGACUAUCUCUUGCUGAGGUACAUCCAUAUAUAUAUAUAUAUAUAUAUAUGUGAAUACAUAUAUAUAUAUAUAUACACAUAUACACAUAAAUAUAUGUAGACUCGUGCGCGUGCGUGCGGUAUGUGUGCGUGUGUGUGUGUGCGUAUAUAUGUGUACGAGUGUGUGAGUAAGCGUGUGUUGGGUUUAAAUGCAGCUAGACGUUCAGCUUAAUCUUUUUGGAUGAACAUUGCGGACUACGACGUUUCAAGUGAAUGAAAAUAUUUUAUUGUUCCAGCAGGACAAAUCUAUGGGAUUUUUAUACGAUUAGAAAAAUAAAUUUGGAUGGAAAGUGUAUGAGAUUAAAAUUAUUGAUCGAUCGAUAAUAUAAAUAAUAAAUCGUGAAAUAAGAAAAAAGAAACUAAAGAAGAAAAAGAAGAAGAAGAAGAAGAAUUUGUGAAAUCGUUUUAUGGACUGUACGAUAACAAUUUGCACGGUAAGAUCGAAACGAGUUAAAAGUCAAAUUAUAUAAUCACGGAGUGGUUGACAGUGUUACUGAUGUAGCUACAUCAUCGAUGACCUUCAUACUUUUCUCGUUCUAUCGUCUACGUUCGCGACAGAUAUAUGUGAGGAAGGAGAUGCGUUUGACAUAGGGAAAUUGAAGAUUAAAAGAAAAGAGCGAGGGAAUUAUUAUUUGAUAACGUUGAGAAGAAGAAGAAGGAAGAAGAAAAAAAAAAUACAUAAUCGCUGAAGAGGAAGGAAAUGCAAGAGAUCCUUUCUAUCGAUCAAGGCUGAGCUUUGUGAUCUUCAGUGAUUGAAGAGGAUGACGGUCACUUAUACUGCCGAGGUCGCUACCUGUCGUGGUCUUGGUUGCUUCCUUAAAUUAUUAUUAAGAUGGAGAGCAAGUAUAUACAAAUUGGUGUGGUUAGACCUGGCCUUAUUUUUAUUCAUUUAUUAUUCAUUGUCAAGUAUCUACCGAUUGAUACUGGAUGACGAACAAAAGAAAAUAUUUGAAGCUGUUGUGGCCUAUUGCAAUCAGUACAGCGAUCUCAUACCGUUGUCCUUUGUAUUAGGAUUUUAUGUUAGUAUAGUUAUGACAAGAUGGUGGAAUCAAUACAUGGUUAUACCUUGGCCAGACUCUAUAGCUGUAUUUGUAUCGGCAACUAUACACGGUAACGAUGAGAGAGGUCGAUUGAUGCGUCGUACUAUAGUCAGAUAUGUAUGCGUUUGCUUAACCUUGGUGUUAACGAACGUCUCACCAAGAGUGAAAAAACGUUUCCCAACGUUAGAACAUUUCGUCGAUACUGGAUUAUUAUUGGAGAAUGAAUUGUCAAUAUUUCAAAGCUUAAAUGCCAAGUUUCCUAAACCCAGUAAACAUUGGUUACCAAUCGUUUGGGCUUCGAGUAUAGUUACAAGGGCUAGAAAGGAAGGUCGUAUACGCGAUGAUUUUGCUGUUAAAACAUUGAUAGACGAGCUGAAUAAAUUCCGCGGAAUGUGCGGAAAUCUAAUACAUUAUGAUACCAUAAGUGUACCAUUGGUUUAUACUCAGGUCGUUACAUUGGCCGUUUACACGUAUUUCUUGACAAGCGUUAUGGGAAGACAAUGGAUCCAAACAUCAAACUCUUCCACCAUCGACGUUUAUUUCCCUGUAUUCACGACGCUACAAUUUUUCUUUUACAUGGGUUGGCUCAAGGUCGCUGAAACAUUGAUAAAUCCAUUCGGCGAGGACGACGAUGAUUUCGAAGUCAAUUGGAUAAUAGAUCGUAAUUUACAGGUCAGUUAUUUGAUCGUCGACGAGAUGCAUCACGAACAUCCAGAAUUAAUAAGGGAUCAAUAUUGGGAUGAAAUAUUUCCAACUGAAUUACCUUACACUGCGGCCUCCCAACAAUUCCGGGAGGAACAUCCAGAACCAUCGACGGCUGGUAUACAAUUGUCAGCCGCCCAGCAAGAACUUCAACCGUCCUCCGUUAGAAUAGACGAGAUGGUACCGGAUUAUCAACAAAAGUUUCGUAAUGAUGUUGCCGACGACGCCGUAUCCGGAAUACAUUUUACUGCCGACGGGAAAUUGUCCAGGAGUGCCAGUAGAGUGAGUAAUCGUGACCGUACAUUUAACACUGGAUCAACGCCAAGUAACUUGGAUGGUUCGCUGACCAGGGUCAACAGUGUAACCAGUAUGUUAAAGAGAUUGUUCAGUAAGGAGGAUAGACCGGAUGGUGGUACAUCGAGUGGUAACAAAACACCCGGUAGAAUUCAACAUUCUAGUUCAUCAGCAUCAUUGCAGACAAGAGUACACGCUGGUACAGGUGGCUCGACCAAGAUCGGUGUUAUCGAGGAGGUCGACGAACAAAUGACUAUGACAUCAAUGAGACCAGAAAAUAGGCCACAUGUACAAAGUAUAUUUCCGCAAGGACCGCCACCAGCUAGUGCACCGGUCGACGUACCUGGUUCUGAUCAUAACAGAAACAGAGACAUCUUUUCUAACAGUGCACCUGCUACUACCGCUCAUUUAACCAUCGCUGAUGGUAACAAUGGUCAUGAUUUCGAGAAUGGCAAUAAAUAUCCUUCGAAUGCUAGGAGAGAAAGAUCUAGCAUAAGUUACGAGCCUUCAAGAAGUUAUCAAAGUACAACGAUUGGCGAUGGUAUGAUCAGCCCAAGAAGUUCGAUAUGUUCGACGAAUAGUAGCUCGGACGACGAGUUUACUAAAUUAAAAAUAGAAAGGGAAAAUCAAAGACGUGAAAAAGCAUUCAGACGAUUGGCAAGAAGUAUUAGUGGCCAUGGUAAUAUAUUAUCUCACGAGGCAAAAAAUUUAACAGAAAAUGAAGUACUUUUGUUAGCGGAAUUAGCGGACGCGUCGAGAUUAUCGUUGGUACCAAGAGAUAAUGACGAUAAGGAGAACGAAAUUGCUAAGGUUUAAGUGAAUCCUUAUGUUUAGCUGAUUUUUCUUUUCUUUUCUUUCCUAUUCUUUUCUUUUCUUUUCUUUUCUUUUCUUUUUUUUUUUUUUAAUUAUAAACUUUCGCCUUGUAUUUGUCGUGAAAUCGAGAGUGUAUGUUAUUUUACUUUGAUGUGCGAGUGAGUGAAUGAGUGAUUGAGUGAGUGAGUGAGUGAGUGAGUGAAUGCAUGCGUGGACAUCCCUCGCAAUUAAUGUAAUCGAGUGUGCUGAGAAAGAGAGAGAGAGAGAGAGAGAGAGAGAGAGAGUAAGAAAGAAAGUUUUUAUUAACAUUCCGAUAAAAGAAGACAAAACAUUUGUAGCUUUGAGAUCGUAUACUGACUUUAAUGGCGGCUAGUAUCUUCAAUGAGAUUUAUUAGAGUUACUAGAAAUUACUUUUUAGUAGCUUUUUCUCUUUCGGCUGUGUACUGACCCAUAUAUAUAUAUAUACACACACACUUUAUGAUUACUGCAAAAAAAAAAAAAAAAAGAAAAUCAUUUUCAUAAUAGAACGACAAUAAUUAAGAGAGAACGAUGCCACGUGUGACUUAAUUUUAUAUGUUAGUUUUCUUAUAAUCAAUGGAUCAUUAAUAUUUAUCGAGUUUACGACAUCGUUAUUUCUUCUUUUCGUUUUUUCUUUCUGUUCUUUUUUUUUUUUUUCUUUUUUUUUUUUUUUUUUUUUUCUUUUUUGUUUUUUAACACAAGAACAACAACAAACGAAAAAUAUUACGUCAACGAUUAUCAUUAUCUAAGUGCCUAUAUUUAUACAGUGCCUAUGAGGAUCAAAUAGUGGCACAUGAAAUACUCCGACGAAAGAAAUUUCAUUGAUAUUUCUCGUACCGUAAAAAUAUUUAAUGGCUUUGUAUAUUUGUGAAACAAGACGAUCAUGUUUAAAGUACACUUUGCAAUUUUAUUAAUUAAGGAUGAAAAUUGUCUAUGAACUUACAUACUGUGUAUUACCACGAAUGGUGUUUUACAUCAUUGAGAAAAGAAGAAGAAAAAGGAGAAGAAGAAAAGACAACAAAAAAAAAAGAAAAAAGAAAGAAAAGAUAAAAAGAAAACGUUCCCUUCCUUUCGACGUAACGACAAGAGAAGAAAUCUGGUGUACAUGAACAUUCCAAAGAUAGAACAAUGGAAGAGAGGGGUUCGUUUGUAAUUUCUCUGGUGCUACCAAAUACACUUAUCUUUUUUUCCAGUAUUAAGUAAAGUAGCUUGAAAAAAAAAAAAAGAAAAAAAAAAAAUAAAGAAAAAAAAAAAGAAAACAACAAA